CCAAAGUAGCAGAUGAGCCAAACCAUGCGAGCGCUCAAUAUCGACCAACGGGUUCAUAGCUCGAAGCUACACCACACUUCUUGCAUGAGAUUUAUCCACAGAAAAAUCUCUCAAAUUUCCUUCGGAAAAUUUCCCAUAUAAUCCAUCUACCACUUUUCAGUGGCUGUGGUGUUGCCUCUGGCUCUGAGGUCAAUGUGAGCUGCCACAUUGCCCCCACAAAACGUUCCAACUCUCUUCUUUCUGUCUCUAGCCAACCACAAUAUUCCAACUUGGGGGCGGUGCCAGUUUGUUUUAGCACCUGGCCUCGGACUCAAAAAACCAACUUCACAGCCCCAUUCGAAGCCAUCUCGAAAGAUAAGUGGAUAACCGAGUGCAGAGGUUGUUGUUUGACCUCUUGUCUGUAAUCCAGGAAAAUUGGGUGGGGUCAGUUGGACAAUCUCUCCUCCACCAUGUCGCCCAAGGCAUUGGACUACGAAUACUUGAAUGAAAAUGUGAAGAAGGUUCAAUAUGCUGUCCGAGGCGAGCUGUACCUUCGAGCUUCAGAACUUCAGAAGGAAGGGAAGAAGAUUAUUUUCACCAACGUUGGCAAUCCCCAUGCCCUAGGACAGAAGCCAUUAAGUUUCCCUCGUCAGGUGGUUGCUCUAUGCCAAGCUCCAUUUCUGCUGGAUGACCCUAAUGUUGGACUCAUAUUCCCUGCUGAUGCAAUUGCAAAAGCUAAGCAUUACCUGUCAUUGACUUCAGGAGGUCUAGGUGCUUACAGUGAUUCAAGAGGCCUUCCUGGAGUGAGGAAGGAAGUGGCAGAGUUCAUUGGAAGGCGUGAUGGGUAUCCCAGUGACCCAGAACUUGUAUUUCUCACCGAUGGUGCAAGCAAAGGAGUAAUGCAGAUCUUGAACACUAUUAUCCGAGGUGAAGGGGAUGGGAUUUUGGUUCCUGUUCCUCAAUAUCCACUUUACUCAGCUACAAUAUCUUUGUUUGGGGGCUCACUUGUUCCAUAUUACCUGGAAGAGACAGCAAACUGGGGUCUUGAUAUUAAUAACCUUCGAGAAUCAGUUGCACAUGCUCGCUCUAAAGGAAUAACUGUACGAGCAAUGGUGAUUAUAAACCCUGGUAAUCCUACCGGACAGUGUCUCAGUGUAGCUAAUCUGAAAGAGAUUUUACGCUUCUGUUACCAAGAAAAUUUAGUCUUGCUUGGGGACGAAGUUUAUCAACAGAAUAUUUACCAAGAUGAGCGCCCGUUUAUCAGUGCAAGAAAGGUUAUGUAUGAUAUGGGACCACCCCUAAGCAAUGAGCUCCAGCUUGUUUCUUUCCACACCGUGUCAAAAGGAUAUUGGGGUGAAUGCGGACAGCGAGGCGGAUACUUUGAGAUGACUAACAUACCUCCAAAGACUGUUGAUGAAAUCUAUAAGGUUGCAUCAAUAUCACUCAGUCCAACUGUUCCUGGGCAGAUAUUUGUAGGACUAAUGGUCAACCCGCUGAAACCAGGAGAUAUCUCAUAUGACCUAUUUGUUAGGGAAAGCAAAGGCAUCCUUGAGUCACUGAGGAAGAGAGCCCAAAUUAUGACUGAUGGGUUCAACAGCUGCAGAAAUGUUGUUUGUAAUUUUACAGAAGGUGCCAUGUAUUCCUUCCCACAAAUACGUUUGCCACCAAAAGCAAUAGAGGCUGCGAGAAGGCUUGGAAAGGUUCCAGAUGUUUUCUAUUGUCUCAAGCUAUUGGAAGCCACUGGCAUCUCCACCGUCCCUGGUUCAGGAUUUGGACAAAAAGAAGGGGUAUUCCACCUGAGGACAACCAUCUUACCAGCCGAAGAAGAGAUGCCUGCAAUUAUGGCAAGUUUCAAGAAGUUCAAUGAUGAGUUCAUGGAGCAAUAUGAAGACCACAGAGGCUAUUCCAGGAUGUAAAGGUGUGCUUAAGUUUAUAAUCUGUAUAAUUCUCUUCUGAUGGUGGAAACUGUCAACUGUAUGUACACCCCUGAACCAAUAUCCUCCUCUGGCCAUACAAUUGGGAUAUACCAAUUUGCUUCUGUUUUAUAGUAGCCCUUAUUGACUUUUCGCUUCUGAUGAAUUAAUUAUAUGCAUUGAUGGUUCAAAUA